UCCCAGGUGGCUAUCAGGAUGUUCGAGUGUCCGCUUCCGAGAGACUCCGUAGCCUCCUCGGGUUCACUCAGGCCGGUGCCUACAGUAACAGGUCUAUACUAAAACAACGAGAAAAAAGGUCAUUUGAAUCCUCGAAAGGUCUCGCGUUGCGAUUUCCGGCACUCUCGAUACCGAAUGAUCUCGUGAACGGGAGAGGUCGGAGAUUUCGAGAAAACAAAUGCCGCGCGUCUUGGACUUAAGACGACUCCGUCUCAAUCGCCGCGAAUUCACAAACGGAAAUUUAAGUUGCAUACGUCUUCCAAAAUAUAUACGAAGGUAUAAGUACACUUUCUUCGUUGGUUUCAUGAAUAUGAAGACCGGUGGCCCGGCCGUUUCGAGCUUGGCAUUUCCACCGCAAGAGCGCUCACCCCUCGAUCCAAUUCUGAUCCAACUCUAGCCCGACUUUAACCCUAAGUGGAAACGUAGUCAAUGGCUGCAGAAAAAGCUGUCCUUGCAACUGUCGCAAAAUUCUUGAAUCUGAUUGGCAUAUUCUCUUAAGCUUGAGUGAACUUAAGAGCAUACGCCAAUCAGAUGCACGAAUUUUACACAGUCGCAAAGCACCUUUUUCUGCUGAACGCAGCCAUCAUUAGCGAUUGUUGUGUCAAACGAGCUCCGGUAUAAUUUAUCAACACGAUGACGUGCGCAAAUUGUUGUUCAGGACAUUGAUCCUAGUUAAAGGAGAUCCGAGAGACUGAACUAGGAGAGAAACAAGUACUGUGAGUUCCGAAGGGAGCGCAUAUAUACAAUAGACUCCACCGAUACGUCGACUGGCUACUUCUCACCUCUCACCGACUCCACGAAACCAUGUGCACUUCUGUAAAAUAUAAGGAUUCUCUGGAAAGCCAGAGCAUGUUGCAGUUGGCCAAAGAAUUAUUCUGGAAACUCCUGCGAUGUAUAAUCGUGCAGCUGCAUUUCCUCUUCGACACUAUCGUGGACUUUGCCUUUGGCAUGUACUACGAUAAGAAGGCGAAGAAGGUGCCGCCGGUGAAGAACAAGCUGCUGUUAGAAAGCGCCGUUUCUUUGGCGGAGAAAAUUAGAACGAAGAAAGUUUCAUCGGAAGAAAUUGUAACAGCCUACAUCGAACGGUGCAAGGAGGUGAAUGACUUGUUAAAUGCAAUCGUGGAGUCGAGAUACUCAGAUGCGAUUGAAGAGGCGAAAGCAGUGGAUGCCACGAUAGAAAAAUGUGUGGACCUGGAAAAAAUAAGGAUAACGCAGCCAUUUUUGGGAGUACCCUUUACCACGAAGGAGAGCAAUCGAGUUAAAGGUUUCGUUCAUUCCAUGGGUUUGCCUUGUCGUCGUACUCAUCGCGCUGAGGAGGACGCUACGGCGGUUCGUUUUCUCAAAGAGGCUGGUGGGAUUAUAAUUGCUACGACCAAUGUUCCCGAGCUCAAUUUGUGGUCUGAAUCGAGGAAUAAUCUAUACGGACAGACAAAUAAUCCUUACAACACCACUAGGACAGUGGGCGGCAGUAGCGGGGGGGAGGGAGCCAUAGUAUCGGCCAGUGGAUCUCCGCUUUCCAUCACUAGUGAUAUAGGAGGCUCCACGAGGAUGCCCGCAUUCUAUAAUGGAUUAUUCGGCCACAAGCCCAGCGAAGGAUUGACUCCAAUGGUUGGAAUUGGAUUACGCGAGAAUGAUUAUCCGGACACUAUGGCAGCAGUUGGACCGCUCUGCAGAAAGACUGAGGAUCUGAUACCCCUUUUAAAAGUUCUCGUUGGUCCUAACGUGACUAAAUUAAAGCUGGAUGAGCCGGUAAAUCUGAAGGAUCUGAAAGUGUUUUAUCAAGAGAAUCCUGGUGAUCUGAGAAUGAGCAAAGUGAACGGAAACAUGCGAGCUACCUUAAUAAAGGCGGUGCAACAUUUUAAAGAAUUAACGGGUUCUGCAACAAAAAUCAAAAUACCAGGUUCCGAGUACAGCUUAAAAUUGUGGAGAUAUUGUAUGUGUUGCGAGAAUUUUAAUUUCAAGCUGAACAUAACGGGUAAAAAGUACGUCGCUAGUGCGAGUGGGGAAAUUUACAAUCUACUCACUGGGAACUCGCAGUUAACGCUUGCAGCUAUCAUGAAAUUAAUGGAUGAGGAUUUCUUGCCGCGGGAGAACGCCGAAUGGGGAAAGAGUACCCUUGCAACAGCGAAACAAUUCUUGGCGGAAAAACUGGGCGACGACGGGGUAUUGUUUUAUCCUUCGGCACCUUGUCCCGCCAGCUAUCAUUAUUCCGCAUAUCUGAGACCAUACAACUUUGCCUACUGGGGUCUGUUCAAUGUUUUGCGGUUCCCAGUUUGCCAGGUGCCGUUGGGUUUGGAUGAACAAGGUUUACCAGUCGGUAUCCAGGUCGUAGCAGCUCCAUACAAUGACCAUCUGUGCUUCGCGGUGGCUAAGGAACUUGAGACUGCAUUCGGUGGUUGGGUCCCACCGUCAUAAGUCGCGUGCGAGGUACAUGCGUCUUUUUAUUAAAAACAAUUAUGUUUUAUCAUAUAUAAUCGGUUGUUACAUACUGAGUUUCGUGAGAAACAUUUACGGGAUAAAUUACUCAGGCUGUGGGAAUAAGCUGUAAGCACUAUUUCAAACAUUUCUUGGAAUAUAUUUUCUUAAUAGUGCAUAUAUACUUUGAAGAUGGUCGAAAGAUAUCGGAAACGCAUAAUAUAUACAGAUAGUCUCCGACUAUUAGGUGUAUUCUUACAAGUGCAUUCUACGAACGUAAAGAGUAUCACGUUCCGUUAGGGUUCUUAAUUGUAACCAUUACUUGUAUAAUACGAUAAGUUCGAACUUAUGAUUUUUUUUAUCUUUAUGAUUUAAUUGCCCAAGUACGCACGUGUAUGUACACGUAUACGCACACAUAAGAUGUGCUGUAAAACUGACAUAUAUUGGUUCUAUUAUCUCACGUACACGCGAACGAUGAUCGUGCAUUAACGAAAUCACACAUACAUAUGCGAUUAUGCAAUUAAAUGGACAAUAGCACUUGAUAAUUUUAAGAAAACUUGUAAAGAGAUGGCAUAAUUUUUCCAAUAAAAGAUUUUUGUCGAGAA